AUACUCGCAUUCGUAUUCGCUGCCGUACUCGUACUCGCACUCGAACACUCUGCGCGCACGAUACUCCGCUCGGAAAUGUCAUUUGUCAAUCACAGUGCGAGCGCAACGGUUGUCCGAACCGAGAGCUAACUGCCAGUUCAGCGGAGAACAGUUAAGACCGUAGUUAAGUCAGUUAGGACCUGCGAUUUCGCCGACUCAAGUAUUUCGAUUUAGCCAGUUUAAAUCCAAAUAAUACCAUAAAUCUGAAUAACAAACGUGUCGCCAAAUAAGCGUGUCUGUGUGCCAAAAGUGAAGUGCUAAAUAACCAAAAAAAUAAAUAAAAAAAAUUAAAGGAGAUACAAAAUCCAAUCAAGAGAAACAGCAAACAACGAGUCUUAGAUAAAUCAUGGAUAACCACAGCUCAGUGCCUUGGGCCAGUGCCGCCAGUGUCACCUGUCUCUCCCUGGAUGCCAAAUGCCACAGUUCCAGUUCCAGUUCCAGCUCCAAAUCCGCAGCGAGCUCCAUCUCCGCAAUCCCGCAAGAAGAAACGCAAACGAUGCGCCACAUUGCGCAUACGCAGCGUUGCCUCAGCAGGCUGACCUCUCUGGUGGCCCUGCUGCUGAUCGUCUUGCCGAUGGUCUUUAGCCCGGCUCACAGCUGCGGUCCUGGCCGAGGAUUGGGUCGUCAUAGGGCGCGCAACCUGUAUCCGCUGGUCCUCAAGCAGACAAUUCCCAAUCUAUCCGAGUACACGAACAGCGCCUCCGGACCUCUGGAGGGUGUGAUCCGUCGGGACUCGCCCAAAUUCAAGGACCUCGUGCCCAACUACAACAGGGACAUCCUUUUCCGCGACGAGGAAGGCACCGGAGCGGAUCGCUUGAUGAGCAAGCGCUGCAAGGAGAAGCUAAACGUGCUGGCCUACUCGGUGAUGAACGAAUGGCCCGGCAUCCGGCUGCUGGUCACCGAGAGCUGGGACGAGGACUACCAUCACGGCCAGGAGUCGCUCCACUACGAGGGCCGAGCGGUGACCAUUGCCACCUCCGAUCGCGACCAGUCCAAAUACGGCAUGCUCGCUCGCCUGGCCGUCGAGGCUGGAUUCGAUUGGGUCUCCUACGUCAGCAGGCGCCACAUCUACUGCUCCGUCAAGUCAGAUUCGUCGAUCAGUUCCCACGUGCACGGCUGCUUCACGCCGGAGAGCACAGCGCUGCUGGAGAGUGGAGUCCGGAAGCCGCUCGGCGAGCUCUCUAUCGGAGAUCGUGUUUUGAGCAUGACCGCCAACGGACAGGCCGUCUACAGCGAAGUGAUCCUCUUCAUGGACCGCAACCUCGAGCAGAUGCAAAACUUUGUGCAGCUGCACACGGACGGUGGAGCAGUGCUCACGGUGACGCCGGCUCACCUGGUUAGCGUUUGGCAGCCGGAGAGCCAGAAGCUCACGUUUGUGUUUGCGGAUCGCAUCGAGGAGAAGAACCAGGUGCUCGUACGGGAUGUGGAGACGGGCGAGCUGAGGCCCCAGCGAGUCGUCAAGGUGGGCAGUGUGCGCAGUAAGGGCGUGGUCGCGCCGCUGACCCGCGAGGGCACCAUUGUGGUCAACUCGGUGGCCGCCAGUUGCUAUGCGGUGAUCAACAGCCAGUCGCUGGCCCACUGGGGACUGGCUCCCAUGCGCCUGCUGUCCACGCUGGAGGCGUGGCUGCCCGCCAAGGAGCAGUUGCACAGUUCGCCGAAGGUGGUGAGCUCGGCGCAGCAGCAGAAUGGCAUCCAUUGGUAUGCCAAUGCGCUCUACAAGGUCAAGGACUACGUUCUGCCGCAGAGCUGGCGCCACGAUUGAGAUGGAAUCCUGGAAGAGCGAUCCUGAUCCCAACGAUCCUGUAUUGUAUUAUAUCCUGUAGUUAUGUAUAUGCCUAAUGAUUGAUGUAUUUCAAUGUUGAAUAUCGUUAAUAAUCGAUCGAUACUAUUUAUUUACCACCACAAAUCAAAAACCCACACACAAAACACCCCACCCAAGCGAUAAAGCAAAGAGCAAAUGAGUAUGAAAUCAAAACGAUGCGAAACGAAAUGAAAACACUGUUAAAUGUCCUUGACUUAUUGUUUUUGCAAACAUUUUAGCUGUAAGUAGGCAAUCCUCGGCGCAGAUCCUAAAUCAUCCUGAGAAAAUCAAUCGGCAAACUCCCGGAGAACACAGACGACUGUUACUGUAUAUUAUCAUGGAAUUGAAUUGCAUAAUUUAUUGAGGUGCGGCGGCGAGUUCAAGCCCUUUGAUAUAAUAUAUAUCGUACUUUGUAUAUAGAAGAAGCAUUAUAGUGACUGAAUAUCUUAUUGUAAUUGUGUAUAUAAUACUUAAUAGUUAACUGCGUAUUUAUACUUAAUAUUUAAUGAAAUAUAAAGAAAUUGUUUGAU